CGAAAUGUUCAAUUGAAUCUCAAGCAUCGUCACUGGGUCGCAAUCAGGAAAUAGUUAUCGUCAGUUAAAUUUGACAUAUUAUUUUAAGUGACAGCGUAUGGGAAAUAGAAAGAGGAAGAGCGACCUCUUAACAUCGCGUUAACAGACAAGUCAUGUGGAAUCUGAGCUAUAUGCAUGUGUCAAUGUACAAGUUUUUUUUUACAGCUGUAAAUUUGUGUAUGAAUCAGUUUUGUUUGAUUGAUCUGUCGACUUAUGAAAACUAAAAGCUGUGCUGGUCCAUCUUUUAUAUAAUUAUCUGAUUCAAUUCUUUAUAUUUGGGGUGAUCUUCAUGUACUUAGUGAUGGAAUAUAUGGUGUCAACAAAAUAUAGAUUUGAGGGAGUAAUUCUUGUGGAUUUUCAAGCUGGCUUAUAUGUUGGAUCAAAUGUUCAAUUCUCACUCUCACUGGCUUGACGAGGUUAUCCUUCAUUAAAUCUAACAAUGUUGAGAAGACUCAAGUCCCACCUCGACACCACCAUGGAUAAGUUUUUAUCCACGGAAACAAAGGACGAGAACUCGAAGCCAUCAAAGUUCGAGUACAGUCGACCUGAAUUCCUCCAUCUUAAUGAUGAGAAGCUGAAAGUGUCGCAGGAUUUUGCUAAUCGCCCCAUUGUAACCCCCAGUGACCAGCUGCCAUUUAAUGCAGGAUAUGCAGAAUGCAUUAAUGGAGGAAAAAGCAAUUUGAACGAGGACCAGUCUUCAUUCAAGCAGUACUUUGUAGAUCUUGAGAUCUGUGAGCUGAAGGAAGUCAGUGCAGAAUCUGCGGAUAUUGGAAAAGAGACAGAGAUGCAGGCAAUAGGAAAAGUUCCAAAGUUCACUUUGACCUACUUUGGGAUGUUUGACGGCCACGCGGGGCCAGACGCAGCCCUCAUGACCUCCAGACUCCUCCACAAACACAUCAUGGAACGACUUCAGAGCCGUAUAGAGGUCAUCAAAUAUAAACUCUGGUCCAAUGACUCGGAAAACAAGACGGAGAACGGCUCCGGAAAUGAGGUGGACAAGUUUGGACCGUUAGGGAACAUCUCAGUGGACAGUAUUAUUGUAGGAGCAGUAGAGGAGUCGUUUGUUGCUAUGGAUGAGCAAAUUAAACGAGAGAAGUCAACAUUCUCCAUACGAGGAGGUUGUGCAGUCAUUGUGGCUAUUUUUGCCAUGGGGAAGUUGUUUGUAGCCAAUGCUGGAGACUGCAGGGCUGUGGUUUAUAACAAAGGGAAGGCCGUCCGAUUAUCAAGGGACAUGACUCCGUAUUCAGAGCGACAGAGAAUUUUGGCGUUAGGUAUGGCCAAGCCUGAGCUGCUUCAUGAAGAGUUUACCUGUUACGAGUACCUGAAGCGAGUCACGCGGAGUGACAUAGGCAAGCCCAUUCUGUAUCGAGGCCCAUUCAUGGCCGGCUGGGGCUACAAAAUUGCUGACCAAGAUGAUCUGAAAGUUCCUCUAAUAACCAGUACAGGAAAUAAGUCUCGACUUAUGCAGACCAUAGGCGUUGCAAGAGGAUUUGGGGACCAUGAUCUACGUCUUUACGAUUCAAACAUCUUUAUGAAGCCAUUCUUAUCAGCUUACCCAGAAGUGUGUGUUUUUGACCUCAAAACAGCUGACUUACAGACCAAUGAUGUGUUGGUGAUAGGAAGUGAUGGAUUGUGGGACUUGAUGUCGAUAGAGGAGGUUUACAAGUCCGUGAACAACGUUCUUCAGUUAUACGAUACACGUAACCUAAAGAGGUACAUAUCUGCUGCUCAAGAACUAGUUACAAUCGCCCGUGGAACGUUAAAUGGGGGAAACUGGAAAAGAAAGAAUGGAGAACCUGGCUCCUUUGAUGACAUUUCUGUGUUUGUCAUUCCUCUGGUACAUUCAUAGCGAAACAUGGAGAUAAAAUACCAGAUUGUAUGGACAUGGUGAAUCAAAAAGUGUUCAGACACAAGUUAAAUUGUGAACGUAGGUCAGUGAUCAUGGCGUUACUUACAGAAAUGGUGUCAGUUAAAUGUUAAAGCUGGCAGUUAGAAAAAUGGUGACAAAUAUUAAAGCUGGCGGUGAGAAAAAUGGCAGAAAAAAAUAUGAAUGGUUGUGUAAUGUUGAAUUGAGAUGACUUUUCCAAAGGGAGAUUUGGAUUUAUAUCUUGAACCUACAUACCAAAGAAACUCUGGAUUUUUACAUGAUUGUGCACAUGUGUGAAACUUGUUUGAUAGAAAUGUGAAGGGUCUAUUAGUUUUUCUAUCUGGCUGUUGAAAUGUGAACACAUUGCCGUGUUUUUUGCACUAGAGAUAUGGCCACAAAAGCAUGUUUUAUGGUUUGUUUUAGAAAUGUGAACACACAAUUUAGAUUGUUCAGUGGAAAUGUAACUUGUUACUUAAUUGUUAAUUAUCAGAGAUUAUCUGGUAGCCAUACUCUGUUGAUGAUUUUGUUUACAUUCCAUUUAAAUUCAAAGAAAAACCUGAAAAUAUUCAUUUACUAGUGUUCGUGUGGACAUUGGUAUCAUAUUUGCUAUAUAUACUUAGAUCAAUUCAAUAAAUUGACAUCAAUAAUUAUCUAGCUUUAAACUUUGUCAAAUUUGUCUUGAUGUCUUUUUAGUAUUAAUAUCAUUUUUUUACAAACACCUUGACACUUUAUAGGUCAGGUAGCCAAAACAGUCCCUUCAUAUCUAGAAAAUUAUAAUUUAUUAACUAUCAGUUGAUAUUUGAUAAGGCCAAAACUAAUAUUGUGUGGUUCUCGGGCCAAAAUUUUUAAAAACAUAAUGUGACAGGCGGACAUUUUUUUAUAAAGUUUUAUUGUAAUAUUUUCAAAGAAGAUAAACUCAAUAUUCAUAUUUUUAAUUAAAAUUUAAAUCUUAGUAAUUCCCUUUCCCAGUAUGGCCAAGUAAAGUAAUUAAUGUGAAAGCAUUUUACCAAAAGCCCCUUUGUUUGAGAACCAAUACACUGUUUGGCCUAAAAUCUAAUUGAUAAAUUGUAAUUAAAUUUUAAUAAUAAAGUAAGGGGUUAAUUAAAGGAGUGGGCAUAAUUUAGUAAUUUUUAAGUAACAAUGCAUGAAACACAGAAAUUUGAGACUAUAUAUUUGAUUUUUAUCUAUUUUAUCAAUUUUCAUAUUGAGAGAGGGAAAAUAGAGAGUUUUUUUUUAAAUAAAAUACAUUUCAAUGUAUAUGCAUUUCUGUGAUUUUAAUAUGUACUUAAGGUUGAUGAAUUAUUGCAAUAUGGAUGUAUGGAUUAUUAAGUGUGCAAUUUUAGAUAGAGCUUUAAAAUUAAAUGUUGAAAAUCAGCUAGUCAUAUGGUAGUCAUAUCUUUAACAUGCAGAAUGGGGUAGCCUGCCUAUAGCAUCAUUUGUUAUCAACAGAUUUGAUAUUUUAGUUUUUGUAUUAUUUGUUCAAAUUUUUAACAACAUAUAAAUGUAUGUACACGUUCUAGAUUAAUCAUAUGAACUAUUGUUAUAACAAAAUCUUUUUAGUUAAUAUAAAUAGUUUUUUAAUAAAGUUAUUCUCAGCAGGCAAUUUUGCUUAAAACAAUGGUGAUUUACGUCAUAUGAAAUGGAAGUAAAAUUAUAUUGCAUUCAUUGGUUCAAUAGUUGAGGAUGCAUUAAAAAAAUUAAUUAUCUAAGGUGCAUUUCAUUUGUGUGAAAAUUAUUAAAUUAUUAGUCUGGAUACAUAUUCAUAUUAUUAAGCUGAUAUAUUACAGGGUAUGCUGCUGAAAUUGGGGUAU